AUGGUUUUUGAGAGAUGUCUCUGCGAUUUGGGAGCUAGUGUCAGCUUGAUGCCUUUGUCAGUUGCAAAGAAGCUUGGUUUCACUCAGUAUAAGAAAUGUAGACUCUCAUUGGUGUUGGCUGAUCGUUCAGUGAAGUACCAUGUUGGCAUCUUGGAAGACCUUCCUCUUAUGGUCGGAAACUGUGAAAUCCCUACAGAUUUUGUGGUACUUGAGAUGGGUGAAGAAGCUCAAGAUCCCUUAAUCCUUGGGAGACCUUUCUUAGCUACAGCUGGAGCUAUUGUGAAUGUGAAAGAAGGCAAGAUUGAUCUCCACUUGGGUAAAAGGCACAUUCUCCACUUUGACAUCAAGGAGGUUAUGAAGAAACCAACUGUGCAAGGGCAAAUCUUCUACAUUGAACAGAUGGAUGCUCUGGCUGAUGAACUCCUUGAAGAGCUAUCUCUAGAAGAUCCUCUACAGCAUGCUUUGACAGUGGAGAAGGAGGCUGAAGUGAUUGAGAACCUGGAGAGUACUGCCUAUGGGAUGAUGCUGGAUUCACACAAGGGGUUUGAGAGUAAGGAUCAGUACGAAGAGCUGCCACAAGUGGUCCAUCAAGUAGCUUCAGUGACUCAACAAGAGAACACCCAGCAAGAUGACUGGAGCGAGCUUAAGGCACCUAAAGUGGAGCUCAAACCAAUCCCCCAUGGUGUAAGGUAUGCAUUCCUUGGCCCUAAUGAGACCUAUCCUGUCAUUGUGAGUAGUGAACUUACUGAACCUGAGCUUGCUGAACUUUUGAAAACACUUAAAAGGUUUAGAAAAGCAAUAGGUCACUCGCUUGAUGAUUGA